CUGGCCGGGUCAAACAGCCACUGGCGACGCCGCGUAGUGUCCGGUCCCCAAGGCUGCCCGCUGGUGGGCAACAUGGCCAGCUUUGCUCUGGGUCAGCGGUCAUAUGGCGAGGUCUACGAACAAAUAUACAGACAGCAUCCAGAACUGCGCUACGUGGGCUUCUAUCGUCUGUUCAAUGAGCCCGCCAUACUGGUGAGGGACCAACGGCUGGUGCGCGAAGUCCUCGUUGGAAGCAGCUUUCUGAACUGUGCCGACAACGCCGUUAAUGUGGACGCCCAACGCGAUGUCCUUGCCACCUGCAAUCCGUUUAUUGCCAGCGGCGAUCGCUGGCGGAUACUGCGCGCCGACCUGGUGCCCCUCUUCACUCCCAGCCGGUUGCGUCAGACGCUCCCCCACGUAGCUGCAGCUUGCCAGCAAUUGCAGGAGUUUGUCGGAAGGCGUCUGACCGGCGAGCGCUUCGAGGCGAAGGCGCUGGCCACCCGGUACACGCUCCAGGUGAUUGCCUCGGCCGUCUUUGGCCUGGAUGCCCAUUGCCUGUGCUAUGACGAAGAUCAGGAGAAAGGAAGCCAGUGGCUGCAGAGACUGCUGCCGCUCUUUCAACCCAGUGCGUGGAGCCUGCUCGAAACCAUUGCACUGUUGCACUCGUCGCGCCUCGCGAACAUUCUGCAACAUCGCUACGUGCCUCUUUCGCUGCAGGACUGGCUUUGUGCUCUGGUGCGUGCCAGGAGCGGAGCCAACAACUUUCUGCACUGGCUUGGGGACAAGCAGGGAGAACAAGGAGACCUGGCGGGACACGCCACCACCCUGCUGCUCGAGGGGUACGAGACUUCGGCCAUGCUCCUCGCAUUUGCCCUCUACGAAUUGUCUCGCAACGAGUCCGCUCAGCGUCGUGUGCAGACGGAGCUGGAGGAGGUGGCACAGCGGCAUGGCGGUCUUCUCGUGGGGCACGCCGCGCUGGCGGAGCUGAGGUAUGCGGAAGCUGCCCUCCUUGAGACACUGCGCCUUCACCCGGCCAUGCAGGCACUCCAAAAGCGCUGCACCAAAUCCUUUACCUUGCCACCACAAAGGUCGGACACGGACACGGCUGUUGGAAGUCAUGGCAGCAUUCAGGUUGCCUUGGGUACGGUCUUGGUGCUCCCAGUCCAGGCCAUACAUAUGGACCCGAAUCUCUAUUCCGAUCCGCUAAAGUUCCAGCCAGAGCGCUUUAUGGACACGUCUCCGAUGGGCUGCCGUUUCCUCGGCUUCGGGGCCGGACCUCGUAUGUGCCCGGGUAUGCGGCUGGGACUGGCCCAGACAAAGGCGGCACUGGUUACCCUGCUCCGGGACUACUCCUUCUCUCUCGCAGAUCAAGCUCAAGAUCCGGUGCAGGUCUCGCCGCUCACCUUCCUGACGGCCAGUAAGCACGGAAUUUGGCUGCAGCUCCAAAAGCGAUAGCGCCGCGCCGCGUAACUUCUUCUUCUUUUUGUCUGUCCUUCUUCCAAUUAAAUAAAUCAAUCUCUAGGAAAUCAUUGGCGGAUCAGCUGGGU